UCGUUAUGGUUACGUGUUAUAUUGUUCAUUUGUGACAAAAGUCACAUCAAAAUCCGUUUCGAAAUUGUUCUAUACUUGUCAUAAUAUUUUUUGUUAUUAAAUUUAUCAAGUUAUUGUGUGUGAUGACGACAACCAUAAAAUUGAAAAACAGUAAUAACGGUGAUAUUGUUAAGAAUACCUUACAGGGUACGAUAUCGUUUCAAUUCAAAAACGGAAUUUCCGUAGACAUUACUCUUGAUGGAUCGAUCAGAGUGACCAAUCAAAAGGCGAACGCUGUGGCAGCCGUAAAUGCAACAGGUAACAUAUCGGCAGUGAUGCAUCCUGUCGGUUUUAUGUUCAAAAAAGAUGAAAUCGUACACGUACGGGCGAACGACAUGCAUUUUGGGAAUCACAAGUUGGCGAAAAUAAGACCUUCCGGCAUCCACUUCAAGGCCAUCAAAAGCCCGCUGGUGUACUUGGUGGACGAAGCUGGUGUUAGGACGAACUUUUCAGAGAGCUUUAUGAACAUGGAACGAGACAUCACGUUGGAUGUGCUGUACAAAGACUGUCGUCACGGAGCCAUGUACGUGAACGUGUGCAACGAUUUACUAUCGGACAUCUCGAGCAGAGUGCUCGAGACCGGUACGGAAUGGAAACUGUACGACGUGUCGGUCGUACAAGAGAACGUUCACGGUUUCAUCAGAGUGAUCAAAGAAGGGCGCGACAAGUUCGAGAUCCGGUCUUCGGCGUCCGUCGGCACGAUAAAUCUGUACUCGGACGCGGUGGACUGCACUGCGUCGCACGGCACCAAUCAUCAUUUCUUCGUCAAAAAGAACAACAGUCGCAUUCACUACGAGGUGCGCAACAAGUUCAUGGUGCGGUACGGCGGAUAUCACACCGGCUUCAACGAGUGCGACGAAGUGUCGUUUUUCUGACGGUCGCAAGCCCCCCCCCUCUCCCCUCCGUCGUCGACUCGUGAUAAUAUUAAUUGAUAAUAAUAAUAUACGUACCGUCACGCAUAUGCACUGUUACACCCCGCACGAUUCACUAGGCACCUUGCAGGGGUGCUGUAUAAUCAUAUUAUACGCGUGUAACACACACACACACAUAUGCAAAUAGGCAGGUUUUACUAUGAAUGACAAAAAUUACGACGGUACCUAAUAUAAUAUCAUAAUAAUUAUUAUAAUAAUGAUAAUGUAAACAUUGACGAGUCGUGACGUAUUAUAACAUUAUAUAUAUAUACUACUUGACGAUGCCUUCUACGCACACUACAUAUACAUUGUUCAUUCGUUUAUAAUUAGUGAGAGAUGUAUUAUAUAAAAAAAAAAAAUGUAUAUAUAUAUAUAUAUCGAAAUUCUUGAAAAUUUAAAACAAAAUCCCUCAAUAUUUAACUUUACAUCUGUCAAAAAAUAUUAAAAAUAUAUCAACACCGGUUUUUUUUUUUUUUUGAUAUGCAUU